AUGGCGGGGAAUUGGAAGCUCAACCCGAAGACGCUGGACGAGGCGAGGACGUUGGCGGCGUUGGUCGGCGCGGCGGCGCGAGACGGUGGAAUCGGGACGAAUAAGAGUAAAACAGAGGUUUUUGUGUGUCCGCCGGCGCCGUUUGCGGCUGAGGUGGCGAGAACGUUGGAGGGAAGCGGCGUCGCCGUGGGGGCUCAGAAUAUUUACUUCGAAGCCUCGGGUGCGUUCACGGGGGAGAUGAGCGCGGAAAUGGCGAAGAGCGUGGGGUGCACGCACGUGCUCAUCGGGCACUCUGAACGCCGAGAACUUUUCGGGGAGACGGAUGAGAUGACGCGACUCAAGACUCGAAAGACGCUCGACUGCGGCAUGACCGCGGUACUGUGCAUCGGCGAAACGAAGGAAGAGUACGAACGAGGUGAGGCGAAAAAGGUCUGCAACAGGCAACUCAGCGCGGCGCUCAGCGGUGUAGAAGCGGAUGAAAUGUCCAAGGUUAUCAUCGCGUACGAGCCCGUGUGGGCCAUCGGCACGGGAUUAACGGCGACGCCGGCGAUCGCCCAGUCAGUUCACGCGGGCAUUCGCCAAUGGUUCCGAACGAAUUACGGCGAAUCCGUGGCGGCGAAAAUUCAAAUUCAGUACGGUGGUAGCGUGAAGCCAGAAACGGUGGAUGAGCUCAUGCAGGCGCCGGACGUCGAUGGUUGCCUCGUCGGCGGGGCCUCGCUCAACGCCGAGCAGUUU